UAAUGACGUGUGUAAUAAGGAUGUGAUUAUUUAACCAGAUACUAGUCAGCUUUUUGAUUCUGUGGGAUGCACAAGUUGCAGCCUUAGGAACUCACAUUUAAAUAUAACACUGUGAUAGCCACCCUGUAUAAAAUAUAAUAUUGUUGAAAAUCCACCUUAAAAAUAUCCACCUUUACUCAAAGACCAUGUGACUGCAUUAAAGCCAAUCACAGUCCACAGAUCACACCCAUUUUAAAACUGAAAGUAACUCUUACAGCGGGAAAGGCUACUUCACAGCAGUUCUCUCAUGUUUUUCUUUUGUUGAUUUGGACAUUCAUUAAUUGUCUGUUAGGAGUGGAACUAACUGAGACUGGGAGAGGAACGCAAAUUGUCCAAAGGUGACGUUUGGACAAUAAAAAGGGAAACUGGCUAGACAUUUCCUGUAGUAAAUGGACAACACAUACCAGAGGAUAUUAUUUUUUUCCACGUUUUGAGGCUAUACCGUGUUUGUUUACAAUUACGAUGUUAACAAAUGUUGCCAUAAAGCAAGAUUAUAUUCUGGGUUCUGAUGGAGUACGACAGUUGAACUAACUAAGCUCAUUAGUUAUUUUUCAAUUAUAUUCUUCUAGAAUCAAUGAAUCAAUGGCUUAGCAAGAACAUUACUGCUUUAUACGUCCAAAAGUGGUUGUAGCCACUGCAGAUUGCGCCUUUGGAGUGAAAAUGGCCACAUCAAAAGAUCAAGAUGUCGAUAACUGUGAAACUAGCACUCCUGAACAGUCAAAUCCUCUGCUACCCCAGUUGUCACAACUUGAUGAGCUCUCAAACGUAAUUGAAAGGGCAGAACCUAGUGAACAGGAAUUGAAGACUUUAGUUUCACUUCUUCUGUCUCUUGGUGAUAAUAUCGAACGUGAUUUAAAACAACAUAACUUAAUGAUAGAUAGGCUUAAAGUCAUACAUACAAACAUCAUGGACAAACUCAGUCCUGGUGAAAAGGAUGGUAGUAGUUUCAUCACUGGAACAAUAAGACAGUUCUACAAAAAGGCACUGGAUUCAGUAGGAACAAUCAUCACUAAACUUGCCAAAGAGAUUGGAGUCAACUAUUCAGGGUCAAAUAUGUGUCUCCAAAAAGAGUUUGGCCUUAAAACCGAUUGUCCAAAGGAAUGUUUGAAUUGCAACCAUAUAAAGAGCUCAAUGUCCUGGAUUCAGGUUGAACCCUCCGUGUCUUCAGAGGAUGAGACCACCGUCUACACACUCGACUCUUCUGCAGCAGGGCAUUACGAGUGCAUCUUAUCAGGGCUGCGGUGGGUAUGUGAGAGCAAAGUCAGUCUGCGAUACCAGUUCAGCUCCUGGGAGCCUCACAGGGCCACUCUGAACAACAUGCGCUUUGAAGAAGGAGGUCCAUUACUGGACAUCACAAUGAUUUCUGGCAAACUAGAGGAAAUUAGUCUGCCACACUUUGUCUGUAUAGAUCCAGACUACCCACAAUCCUCCUUGAGAGAAGACAUGAAGGUUCUACAUGUGAAAGACAACAGAGUGCUUGUGGAAGAAGUGGAUGAGGUGACGGGGUUCCACGCCAAACUGCUUCAUCCCUCCUUCUCUGGCAGGGGUUUGGUACUGAGACGUGGGUUGCAUUGGAGAGUGCACUGUGACCUUCUGAUCUUUAGGUCCACCAGAGCACUCCUCACCUUACACACAUAUCUGAUCCGAUGUGAUCCUUCUCUAGCACGGGAGGUGGAGGCACAGGAGAAGUCCUAUGGAUUCUUACGACUUCCAAAGCCAAAGCCGGAGAAGUCCCUUCGGAAGGGGAGUCGCUUCACCCUCAAGACCUCGUGUCAAUCCUCGAUUACGCCAGAAAAGAUCAAGCUAAGAAGCACCAGGCCAAACUACUUUGAAGUGUACAUAAAGGACCCUGCGAUGGACUUUGAGAUGGAGUUGAUAAGUGAGAAGGGAGAAUCUGCAUGGAAAGCUGAAAUACGAACAGAGGAAUACAGAGAUGAUUCAUCCACAAGAGACAUUGAGUUUGUUGAUGAAUUCAGACCACAGAUCAUUCAAAGAGUCAAUAAUGUGUUUGCCAUAGCAGAUAUUCUCCUCACGAAGGGCAUGAUCGGUGAAGAGAUCAAUGCAAAUAUCAGCGCUGCACCGACCCGCCAGGCCAAGAUGAGAGUGAUAUACGAGGCACUGAAUUCAGGUGGACCACACGUCAAAGCUGCAUUCUUUACUGUACUCAAAGAAAAGGAACCCUUUCUAGUCAAAGACUUGGCUCAAUAAUACCUUAUCGCUCAAUCUCUAACACACCUCUACGAGACCAUUAUGCCUAGACACUUUAUUGAGCAUGUUCUCCUUCAGUCCAGCAGGACAGAGGCAAGAGGAGGAGUGAUGAGGAGAACUAUGAAAGAAGACACUUUUCAGCUGUCAAGAAUAGCAGUCCAAGGCCCAGUUCUCUGUGACAUUUUAGUGACAGAGGGCAUGGGUAGGAAGGCCCCACCAGCAUUUAUUAAAGACAAUAAGUCAAUAAGAAAAUAAGACAAAUUUGAAAUGAACUGGGACUGGAAUUCUUUCAAAUAAUAAUGAAAGGAUAAAUAUGUUACAAGGUUGAAAACAUUGGGAAAUAUACAGUGGAAGAUAUUAAAGGGUGAUUAAAUAAAUGCAGUAAAAUGGUUAAGGAUGUUAUAAUGAUGGUUGUUUUUAAGGUACAGUAUAUCUGGAACAUGUUUAAGAGUCUUGGAGGAGGUUGACAUUGACAUGGUGUACUGAUGAAAUGUUUAAAAUGUUGGACUUUUAAGAUGUAAUGGGAGUAAUAAAAUAGGUUGGAGUAAGAUUAGAAUUGAGUGGAAUGAGAAAGGUUCAUGUCUAGAAAUGAAUGUUUUAAAAGUGAAUGAUAAUGUGGUAUCCUAAGGGUGCUAGCUGGACUAGCUCCCCAGGUCAGAACAGCCAGGAGGAGGCAGGAAGAGGUACGAGUGCGAUUGAGGCGGACAUCCUGUCUAGGCAAGAGAAAAAUCCCCUUCUGAGAAAUGGCCGCAUUACAGUAGGUGUUAACCACUGAAUGAGUGCGUCAUCGGGGCAGAUCUAUAACCACCGUGAGUUAGCAGAAUACGAGGAGUGAAAGAAGCAGGAUUUUUGGGAGAGGUACGACUCUCUUUGAGCUUGCUAGAAGAACCUGUUCAGCUGGAGGAAGAUUUAGCUUAAAAUGCAUCAAUAUUUAUUCUUAGUGUUUAAGUAAAAAUCUAGGGGAACACUUAAGGUUACCUAAUUGAUAGGAGUGUAGUUAAA